GAAGGGUAUCCCGCUGGACGGCGGAUGCACUUUUUCGUGACACGGCACGCUUGGUUCAUUUGCGAGUCGUGUGGACGAAAGGGUGUGGAGCACUAAUGGGUUUUUUGGUGCAAGCACAUAUCGGUAAUUAAAGUUUUCCACAGCCACUCCACAUCUUGAAGAUGUCAUUUUGUUUACCGUUCUGACCAUGGAAAAGGUAGCGGGUGCAAAUGAAGGCGAUCAUUCACCGCUCCUCCUCGGCGACUCUCAUGAGUGCGAUGAUACUCGUCCUUUCGUAAGACACUGUGGGCAAAACAUCAUUCACCAAGCAGUUGCCUUGGUAACCUGGGCAGUCGUUGGACACAGAGAGCCGCUGCCUGAUGACAGCAAAGACAACAUUACCAUUUUCACCCGGAUCCUCGACAGGCUGUUGGAUGGGUACGACAACAGGCUACGUCCCGGGCUCGGAGAGAGCGUGACAGAAGUGAGGACAAACAUCUAUGUGACAAGUUUUGGGCCGGUGUCGGACACAGACAUGGAGUACACCAUUGAUGUCUUCUUCCGUCAAAGCUGGAGGGACGAGAGGCUCAAGUUUGAUGGUCCAAUGCAAGUUUUGCCGCUUAACAACCUGCUGGCCAGUAAGAUCUGGACGCCCGAUACCUUCUUUCACAACGGGAAGAAAUCUGUGGCCCACAACAUGACAACUCCGAACAAACUGCUACGACUAGUUGACAACGGCACGCUUCUCUACACGAUGAGGUUGACCAUCCACGCAGAGUGCCCCAUGCACCUGGAGGACUUCCCGAUGGACGCGCACGCCUGUCCUUUGAAGUUUGGAAGUUAUGCGUACACCAACAACGAGGUGAUCUACCUGUGGACUCAGGGAGACGAGCGAUCUGUCUCUGUGGCAGAGGACGGCUCCAGGCUCAACCAGUAUGACUUACUGGGUCACGUCAUUGGCAAAGAAACCAUCAGUUCCAGCACAGGAGAAUACGUAGUGAUGACGACGUAUUUCCAUUUGAAAAGGAAAAUUGGCUAUUUUGUGAUUCAGACCUACCUUCCGUGCAUCAUGACAGUCAUACUGUCUCAGGUCUCCUUCUGGCUUAACCGGGAAUCGGUUCCAGCCCGCACUGUGUUUGGCGUCACCACGGUCCUAACCAUGACCACUCUGAGCAUCAGUGCUAGAAACUCCCUCCCUAAGGUGGCCUAUGCCACUGCCAUGGACUGGUUCAUGGCAGUGUGCUAUGCCUUUGUCUUCUCUGCCCUGAUAGAGUUUGCGACAGUCAACUACUUCACCAAACGCAGCUGGGCGUGGGAUGGGAAAAGAGAGGGCAUGGAGAUAAGGGAACCGUUUCAGGCUAACAUGGCCAGGAUUAAAGAUAUGAGGAGGGAGUCGGCCACGCUGACUAAAAAGUCCAACAACACCUUCAACAUCGUCGGCACCACCUACGGCAUCAACGUGGCCAAAGACCAGGGCUUGACGACCAUUUCCAAAAGCGCCCCGGGACCGUCGAUCAAACACUCCUUYCUGCACAAAAUGGACGACCCCUACACGGAGGCCAAGAAGUCCUACAACCGCGUCAGCAAAGUGGACAAGAUUUCRCGCAUCAUCUUCCCAGUUCUGUUCUUCAUUUUCAACCUGGGCUACUGGGCUACGUACGUCAACAGAAAGCCCGUGAUCAUGAAGGCAAACAACCUAAACUGAAUUUCACCAAAUGUUGGCUUUCGGGAAGACAGACAGACAGACAGACAGACAGA